AUGUGGUUAUACGUGGUUGCUUCUUCCAUUUUACUCGGUGUAUUUGGAGACACAUCCAAAGUUCAGGAUUACAAGUGCGGUACCUAUACCCAAAAUUUCGAUUUCGCUUUGGAAUUGAGGAAAUUGGCAGCGCUAUCUUUUGUACCAAGUGAUAACGUUGUAGCUGCAUUUGAAGAACUGCUUGUUAGUGCUUUCUAUAGAGAACAUGAGGAAGUCCUACUGCCUGUUUUCAAUUAUUUUGAGGACACAUGGAUAGGACGUUGCGACAGAAAAGGACAUCGAAGACCGCCUUUAUUUACAAUAAGUCUAUGGAAUUAUUUUAAAUUAGUAGAGGAAGAUAUACCCCGGAUGAACAACUCAGUUGAAGGAUGGUAUAACAGUUUUUCUUCUGUGCUUGGUGCGGCACAUCCUAUUAUAUGGAAGUUUAUUAAUGCCUUGAAGAAGGAGGAAAGUUUGAACCAUCUGAAAGUAGAACAAUUGAUAGGAGGGUAUCACGCACCAAGUAAGAGAGUUUACAAAGACAAGGCAAAAAGAAUUGGACAGAUCGUUUCCUAG